AUGUCUGCCAAAGUCACUGCAGGUUUAUGUAUCCUUUGGCAAUGUUUCCAUCUAUCAAGAUCUAGUAUUGGACACAUGAAGUAUUUAAACUUGAAAGCGAUAAAUUGGGGUCUACCUCUUGCUGGACACAAAUUUAAUGUAACACCAAUAGCUACGAGCAGAGUGACAAAUCAUAUCAAGUGUAUGGUUCACUGCGCAGAAACUGAGGGAUGUGUUGCUAUAAAUCUUGGUCCCGCACAAGCCGGAGAGCACGAGUGUGAAAUGUUGGAAACAACACGAUAUUCAAUAUUUAAUGCAAAAUUCACUGCGAAAGCUGGCUGGAAAUACGUUGGACCUAAGGUAAUGAUAAUCUCACUGUUAACAGAUCGAACAAUCUGCAGUAUUUGUUUUAUAGAAUAGUAAUUCCCCUUAUAAUGGACGCUAGAACUCAGAAAUUUAUUAAAUUUAUAUUUACUAGACAAAAUGUGACGUUAAUCCAUGUCGUAAAGGAUUUUGGUGCAUUGCCCAAGAAUAUGAAACUGGUUACACAUGCUUAGAUCCCGUUGGAGGUGAAGUAAUAAAUACUAAUAGUAAUAAUAGUAACGUUUCAAUUGGCAAAUAAAAUAAACGGGCCAGUUUCAACAGCUAUCCAAAGUGACCAAAUAAGUAUAUUUUUCAAGAUCAAAUUGAGAUUCAUAUAUACACCAUUAUACUAAUUGAUUUUUCCUCAAUUCCUCAACUUUUAUGAGACACUGUCACAGAUGUAAACAAAUUAAAUUCCUUUUGAACUCUGUUAAUUUGUUCAAUGCAAGGUUUACAUGUAACAUGUCACAGCGGCAAUAUAGUUAGUACUGCAGUGCCGUAGCAAGCUCGAUAAUUGGGGGGGGGCUCAUAUUCAUAUAUUCGUGUUCUGCGUUAUUAAUUUCUUUUGAAAUCGAUUGUGUUUAUGGUCUGUGAACACGAAUAUAUGAAUAUGAGCCCCCCCCCCAAUUAUCGAGCUUGCUACGGCACUGAGUAGUAUGGCAUUGGCAACAGACAUUCCUUCAACUAAACUCUAGAUCAUGACAAUUUCUGACGCCAGCAAGUAGUUCAUUUAAAUUAACCUCUCACCAAUAACCCAAAGCAAAUUAAACGUAGCCUGAUUAUUAUGAGCAAGACACACAACUCGCUACUUUGAAAAUCAUGUAUAUUCAUCAUAAUGUAAUGCCUAUUCAGUGGCGUAGCCAACAGGAUGUGGGAGAGGUGACGGGGGAGGGCGGAGACUCGCAAAUUAAUUACUAGCCUCACAAAAUCAAUUUCUUGUGGUGCCACUGGGCCUAUAUUGAUCAUAUUUGCGUACUAUUUACAACAUCUGCUGAAUUUUGAUGUUUCCGUGUGAGCGGUGUGACCGUGUGGUCAAAUUCAUAAAAGUCCUUAUCUUCAUUAAUAAAUCAAUAAUGCUGUGCCUUAACGUAUAUGUAAAUAUUUUAAGCAGGUAGGAAACCGCAACCGCAAAAAAUGUUUACGUGAACCAAUUUUGGUAAAACUUCGUCAGUCAGGGGAUAAACAGUCAUUUAUCUCUAAUCUAGACUUUAAUUUUUAAAAAAUCGAUCUUUAAAUCAGUUUCUAAGGCGCGUGUUUACAUCACAAUUACAGGAACUAUCUCCACCAGAUUUUUGCGUUGUUCACUAAUUGGCUGGCUAGUUUAUUUAACCCAUGGACAAGCCUGUCACAAAUUUGGAAAAAUCCUUGGUUCGUAUAUAGUGUGAACACAGCUUAACUGGUACGACAUCGCGCGAGCUGUAGCGUUUCCCCUUGUUUCCUGGUAUUCAGAUUUUAUUUACUGCAUUGUCCAUUUACUACAUACAAGUAGAAAGCGGAAUUGUGGUCGCGUUUAGUUAAAACAGCCAUUUGCCGGAACUGCAGCCUUUGCUUCAUACUUACAUCGUUUUCUGUUCCAUGCAGAACCUUGUACUCCAUUAAGCAUGGAAAGUGGGAAAAUAUUGGACGGUGCCAUUACAGCUUCGACGUCUUAUAACAGUGCACUUGGUCCUGCCAAUGCCAGACUUAAUGUAAAUCGUGGUUGGUGCGCGUGGACAACAACAAAUGCAGGACAACAGAGCGGAUGGAUACAGGUUGAUUUAGGUGAAAUCAUCUGGGUGACAGGCGUGGCCACCCAAGGACGUUGCGUUUCGCCACAAUGGGUAAAAUCUUACAAAGUAUCAUACAGUACUGAUGGUCAAAACUGGAAAUUUUACGACGAAUCUGGCAGCACUAAGGUUAGCUUAACCUUCUUUUUUUCGAAGAUUUAAAUAAUAUCUAAUGAAGAGCUUUUGAAGCUUUUCGUCCUUUAUUGCGUUUUGUACAGUCGAAGUGGAAGAGAUAACAUCAACCUGACCGUGUUGAAGGCUUGCUAGCUAUGGGGCCUUUGGCUAUCGACAUGUGACCCUAGCUUGCUCAUAAAAUGCGGCCAGUCAGGCUGGUCAAAUAUAGCUAAUUUUCUCCCACUCGUGCGGGCUCAUAUGGUCAGUGGAUAUAUCUUACACAAAACAUAUGCAAAACGCAAAGCUUUCAAUUUUUCAUUGGAAGUCCGGUGGGAAAUGAGGUUGCUAUACUGGGAGAAGAUUUCCGAAUAUCAUCAACGUGGUAAAAGUGCUAGUAAGGAGGAAAUCAGGGGAUCCAAACAAUAACCUUUGACUGCACAGGAAUCAUAUUUUGUUUUUACCAUGUUUCCGUUUCGACAAUUGGUGGGGGAAAUCCGUGGCACCGGCUGGUCACGUGAUCCCAAGCUACCAGAUUUUGUGGGUGACUAUAUAUAAACUAUCAUACACUGUACUUUUAGUUUUUAAUUUCAAAAUACUGGCGGUACAAAUAAUAGAUAAUUUUACGCUAGAUCGAUAGUCUAAUGAACCCAUCCAGCACUUUUUCUUUGACAAGUAAAAUCAGCCGGCGUAAGACAGAGUAAAAUAAUAAAGUAGGGCGCAAUGCAACUUAACGGUUACACUGGCUUUGUUCAAUUAUAUUAUAUUGUGAGCAAUUGAUCUGCAGAGCUGAAAUACCUAAAUGUGAUUUAACAUCAUAACAUAAAACAACCUCGUACCCAGGCUCUUUCCACUACGUGCCUCGCUGGAGGAAAGACUCUGGUCCAGGCUGGUCACGUGUCUCCCAGAUUUUGGGAAAAAACAAAAUUUUUACAUAAGAGUGGGGGGGGGGGCUAAGUUUGUUUUACCGAUCUAGUUGCUGAUAUCGAUUCUAUAAAGUUCAGAAUGUGUGUAUUUUAACAAAUUCAUGUAAUUUUAAUGAAUAGCAAGAGCUUGUGUUGCAAAAUCAAUUUGUGAGAUGUCUUUGUAUAUGUAUUCUUUGUGCAUAUGCAUUUGCGACAUCGCUACGCAAGAUCUACAUACUGCUGGGGUCUUUCAGUUCAUAUUUGGAAAACCGCAAAGAAUUACUAUAGGAAAGGAUUAAAUACGUGUAAUAUGCUGAAGGACAAGCAAAGAACAUUUGCCUAGCAGCCAGCAGCGAGUAAAUUUUAAUCAUAAGUGGAACGGCUCGACAACACGACACUACAUGCAUAUAGAGUAACAGUAAGAAAAUAUAUCAUAUAGUGCGCACAUGAGUAUCGAUAGUAUGCAUGUCUAUAGAGUUUUAGUACAUAUUCCAUUUUCUCGUGUUUCAAUAAGACAGUACUCAGGGGAUUAUAUAUAUAUAUAUAUAUAUAUAUAUAUAUAUAUAUAUAUAUAUAUAUAUAUAUAUAUAUAUAUAAAUAAAUAAAUGAUGCAUCAGAGCUCAUAUAACAACUUCAACUAUUUAAACUGUCCAUAACCUAAUUAUAAUAAUUCGCUUGAUUAACUCUAUUGUUCAAACAAAGUCUUUUAAAUUCAACCCAUGCGGUUCAAACGAAUUCAGUUUAUAAGCCCAAAACCUUCUCUUUGUAUGGCCGGGACAUGCAAUAUUAGUUUUAUCAAUAAUUUUAACUUUCACAUCUUGCAUACCAUUAUGACCUUGAAAAAAAAAUGAGCAUACAAAUGCUCGCCUGCCAUACCCCUUUCACCUCUCCCAUAUCUAUUCAUGCUACUUUUGUGGUUGUUAAAACGUUUCUUAAAACUAGUAAUUGUACUCCCCACAUACUUUUUCGCACAUUUUCUACAAUAAAUCAAAUAAAUCACCCCAGCCGGAUCGCAAUCAAAGUUGUAAUUAAUGUAGUAUUUUACUUUUCCCUCGAGAAGUUCUUUCCCCUCAUCUACAUAAUUACAAAUCACAACGACUCUUAUUACACUUACUCAUCCCAACACUUACCUCCCUAGCCUUUUUAACCUUAGAUCUAACCAAACUAUCUUUUUGGUCUCGUAUAUGGUCUAAUUUUUUGGUCUCUUGUAUGACACAAUCGGCCUACUACCGAAGACACCCCUCAUCCUCUCCCUCAUCCUUUCUUGGCUUCAUGGUAAAGAAUCCCUCAUCCUCUUUUGGCUUCAUGGUAAAGAAUCCCUGUUGGAAUUUUUAAAUUAUAUUAACAAUUAUCAUAAAACAAUUAAAUAUACAUGGGAAUAUUCGGAAAGGGACCCGUCUUAUUUGGAUGUGCGGGUGGAAUUGGAGUCUGGUAAAUUGCAAACGGAUGUGUAUUCAAAACCGACUGAUACACAUCAAUACUUAUAAUUCAAGUCUUGUCAUCCUGCACAUGUGAAGAAGGCAAUCCCCUAUGGUCAGGCGCUAAGAUUAAAACGGAUUUGUAGUUCGGAAAAAGUUUUUCAGGAUAGGCUUAAAGAAAUGGAUAGCCUGCGAACAGGCUCUCAAGCUGAAUUGAGAGCCUGCAUCGGUAGUAUUUGCAUCCAAGUAUUUGACUGAUAUCAGCAACAUUGAAAUAGACGGAGUAAGUUUUACAUCAGCCAUAACUAUUGCAUCUGCCUUAAACUCGUUCUUUGUUAGCAUUGGGGAGAAACUUGCUGAGAAAUUCAAUCCUACAUCCAGUGCCAGAAAUGGUCCAACUCCUUCUGGUUUCACUUUCAGUUUUGAGUCUGUUACCGAGCAGUUUGUCUUAAAUGCGAUCAACCAGUUGAAAGCAAAGAAAUCUUGUGGCCUAGAUAAAAUUAAUGCUCGUUUGGUAAAGGAUGCUGCUGAUGUUAUAACUCCCUCCAUAACAAAAAUAAUUAAUAUUUCAUUAACUACGCCAAAAUUUCCAUCUGCCUGGAAAAACGCGAAAGUGAUACCAGUGUUCAAACAUGGUCCAAAAUCAAAUCCAACAAAUUACCGGCCGAUAAGCAUUCUACCUGUAUUGAGUAAGAUAUUGGAAAGAGCGGUAUACACCCAAUUUAAUUGCUUCCUUAAUAACCACCAUCUUAUCUCACCAAAGCAGUAUGGAUUUAGAUUAAAAUCAUCUACAAUUACAGCAGUAACCAUGUUUACUGACAAAAUCUUACAAUCCAUGGAUAAUGGCAAAGUAACUAGAACAGUCUUCUUAGAUUUCAAAAAGGCAUUUGACACUGUGAAUCAUAACAUCCUGAUCAGCAAGAUACGUGCAUUGGGUGCCGACGAUAAUGCUUGUUUGUGGUUCACUUCUUUCCUCGCCAACAGAACCCAAGUGACCUGUUGUAAUAAUACUAAAUCUGAUCCUGCCUCUAUCUCCAUUGGUGUUGCCCAAGGUCCCCUUUUGUUUAUCGUAUACGUGAACGAUUUGCCAAAAUGCUUAAAGUUUUGUGAUGUAACUCUUUAUGCAGAUGAUACCGUUUUGUCGUUUGCGUCAUCUUCGACUGAUGAAAUUCAAAGGAAAAUGAAUUCCGAUUUAAAUUGCAUCCAUAAUUGGCUUCUGGAUAAUCAACUUACUUUGAAUGUCGAGAAAUCUAAGUUUAUGCUGAUUGGGUGCAGUCGACGACUUUCUAAAAUUAAUUCAAUACCAUAUCAAUCAAUCAAUGACUCGACACUUGCUCAUGUUCAAUCUUUUCUAUACCUUGGCAUUCUUGUAAACCG